ACAGUGUGAUAACUACUGUAGAAGUUACCACACUGUCAGUGCAUUUCUUUUUUCCCCACCCUUCAGAUCUCAGAGUUUAGAGGCAGGUCUAACAGCUUGCCGCCUCUUUAGCUGUAACAACAUGUUAUAUUUAGAGCAGAGUUCAGUUUCACUUUGGAGGAAGUGAGAUUCAGCAAGUCAUUCUCUCUGCUAGGGGAAAUGGCGCAGGCACGAGUUCAGUUGGAUCGGGAAAGGUUCUCCUGUUCCAUCUGUUUGGAUCUACUGAAGGAUCCGGUGACUACAUCCUGUGGACACAGCUACUGCAUGAGCUGCAUUAAAGACCACUGGGAUGGAGAGGACCAGAAGGGAACCCACAGCUGUCCACAGUGCAGGAAGACUUUCAAUCGCAGACCUGACCUCCAGAAAAACACCCUGUUAGCAGAGUUAGUGGAGGACCUGAAGAAGACUGGACUCCGACAUGCUCCAGCUGACCAVUGUUAUGCUGGAHCUGGAGAUGUGGCCUGCGAUGUCUGCACUGGGAGAAAGAUGAAAGCUGUCAAGUCCUGUCUGGUUUGUUUGGCCUCAUACUGUGAGGAUCACCUCCAACCUCACUAUGAAUCUCAUGCUUUUAAAAAACAUAAACUUGUUAAGGCUUCCGCUGAACUUCAGCAGCACGUCUGCAGUCGUCAUGACGAGGUGAUGAAGAUCUUCUGUCGUACUGAUCAGCAGUCCAUCUGUUAUCUCUGCACUAUGGAUGAACAUAAAGGCCAUGAAACAGUGCCGACUGCAGCAGAAAGGGCUGAGAAGCAGAAGGAGCUCCAGGUGAGGCAACAACAAAUCCAGCACAGAAUCCAGAACAGAGAGAAAGAUAUGAAGCUGCUUCAACAGGAGGUGAAGGUCAUCAAUGUCUCUGCUGAUAAAACAGUGGAGGACAAUGAGAAGAUCUUCACUGAGCUGAUCCGUCUCCUCCAGAAAAGAAGCUCUGAGGUGAAGCAGCAGAUCAGAUYYCAGSARRAAACYGAAGUGAGUCGAGUCAAAGAUGUUCAGGAGAAGCUGGAGCAGGAGAUCAGUGAGCUGAAGAGGAAAGACGCUGAGCUGGAGCAGCUCUCACACACAGAGGAUCACAACCAGUUUCUCCUCAACUACCCCUCAUUGUCAGCACUCAGUGAGUCGACACACUCAUCCAGCAUCGACGGUCGUCCUCUGAGACACUUUGAGGACGUGACAGCAGCUGUGUCAGAGCUCAGAGAUAUACUACAGGACAUCUUGAGGGACAUGUGGAAAAACGUCCCACUGACAGUCCCCCUGGUGGAUGUUCUCCAGUCAGAACCAGAACCUAAGACCAGAAAUGACUUCUUGAAAUAUUCAAAAAUAAUCACUCUGGACCCAAACACAGCAAGUGCACAAAUAUUAUUAUCUGAGGGAAACAGGAAAGCAACUUUGACAGAUGAAUUGCAGUUUUAUUUUGAUCAUCCAGACAGAUUCACUUAUUGUCAGGUCCUGAGCAGAGAGAGUCUGACUGGACGCUGUUACUGGGAGGUGGAGUGGAGGGGGAGAAGAGUCGAUGUAGCAGUUUCAUACAAGAGCAUCAGCAGGUCAGGACAAGAAUGUGAGUUUCGAAGUAAUGACAAAUGUUGGUCAUUAUAUUGUUGCACAGACUGGUACACAUGUUGGCACAACAGAGUUGGAAAUCUAAUAUCAAUUCCGGUUUCGUCCAGAGUAGGAAUGUAUCUGGAUCACAGAGCCGGUGUUCUGUCUUUCUACCGCGUCUCUGGAACCAUGACUCUCCUCCACAGAGUCCAGACCUGCUUCACCCAGCCGCUGCAUGCUGGAGUUGGGUUUUAUGAUACUGGAGACUCUGUUACAUUUAUUGAACUGUAACAAGAAACAGUCCAAUAAGCUGUUCAAUGAUGAGGUCAGUGAUUGGAGAUCCAGAUUCAGGGAGUUACUUUCUGCUCUUCAGUUGUUUUGUUGAUGGUAGGUUUAGUUUGAGUGCUGCCCCCUCCUGUUUCUGUUCAGCCAUAGAGGCUACCACUGCUCAGGAGGGUUUAUUCACCUGAACUGUUUAAAUUGAUUUUGACAAAAUCCUUUGUUGGAAACAACAACAAAAAAACAUUGUUUCCAUGACCAUUAUGGUAAUUUGAGAAUAGAGAUGAUCAGAAUUAAAUUCUGUGUAUUUCUUGUAUUUUUCAUUAAGUCACUGUAUAAGGGUUCUUUAAUUUUAAUAUAAUUGCUUAUUUUGCCAUGCAGAUAAAAACAAACAUAGAUCGUCUGUUGCUUUUUAGGCAUUUGUGCUGCUAAAAUGGCCAUACUACAAGCAAAUAUUCUUAAAUGUACCUUACAGGUAUUUUUGUUUUCCCAAGUGAUUGUAGGAGAUAUUUGGUUGUCCAAAUGUAUUUUUUUUAUGACUUGUUAAAUAUGAAACAAAAUUUAAUACUAUUCACACAUGUACAGUUGAAGGAAACAGCAAUUAUUUCAAUACUUUACAAUUGAAAACUGAUUUGUUUCACAACAGACAGCUUCCUUGGUGAACAUUGCCACAAUUCCAAAAUGACAACUUUUUAACGCCUGAUAAUUUUAUUAAAAAAUGCAUGUUAAAAUGCACUAAAAUUAAAUUUAACAGUCAUAUAGGCAAUUUAUCCUGCUAUGCUUCAUCUAAUUAAAAAAUGCAGCUGUUACUCCAAAAGUACCACCUUUCAAUAUGAAUGGCAGUGACUUUCUACCAAUAUCUUGAUGAUUUGUGGGUAAUAAACUUCACCAAAGCCCAUGGUAGAUGGAGAAAGGUCUAGUUGCAGCCACAGCCAACUAGAAAACGCCACAUGUCCAACUUGAGUCUUUGCCAUGAUUUGAGCGCCCCACAUCGCCCCCUGGCGUCUCAGAAACGCCAUUAAUUUAAACUCGGGACUGAAGUUACAAUUCCUGCAGAGUGUAUUCUCAGAAAGGCCGAUGGGCGUUAUUAAUAUCUACAAAGUAAAACAUAAAUCCCACACAUUUGAACCGGCGUUUCAGAACAUUUUAGGACAAACUAAAAUUGUACUUUUGUUUAAACUGAAUCCUAUUUCAGUAGCUUUGCUGUGUUUUUUUUAUCUUAAUUAUAAAAUCUUUUUGUUUUUAAUUGCAUUUUGAAU